AUGGUCUCUACAAGCUCAGACCCCGAACUACAUGAGGUCCCACAGGAUAUAUCCCCCCCUCGUCUUUCAACCGAUAUCACCUUGACGGCCCUAACACAACUGGGUGUCUAUCGCUUUGGAUGCAAUCGGUCUUUUGUGUCAAUCAUCGACGGAGAAAGUCAGCAUGUUAUUUCGGAGGCAACCGCCUCGAUCUCUCUUCGAAAUAAAGAUCUUCAUCGCCCAGAUGAUGGCAUCUUCCUGGGUGUAACUACACUUGACUUGGAAUGGGGAGUGUGUCCCCACGCCAUUCGACUUUUCACUGGACAAGAUCCUUCCCGGAUACUAGACACGGAAAAUAUAACGGCCAACCAGACAUGCAACAUCAUUCGCGAUUUUACCAAGGAUGAUUUCUACAAAGAUCGCCCGUAUGUGCUUGGCUGGCCUUUUUUUCGAUUCUACGCCGAGGUGCCAUUGUACAGCCCUUCCGGGUUCGUACUAGGCUCAUAUUGCGUGGUGGACAACAAGCCACGAACGAAAUUUGAACAUGAAGAUGUGGCUGCUCUUCGGGAAAUCGCCGACUCGAUUUCAAACCACCUUGAAAAUGCGCGGAUCGUGCAAUACCAUCGUCGUUCGGAGAACUUAGUCAAAGGAUUGACAAAUUUCGUCAAAAGUCAUUCGAAAUUUGACCCCACUAGCUCCUCCACUCAAGGUCAGAUCGAAGCCUCUGCGAAGAAGCUCAAUUCUGGAGAUUCGGGUCUCAUAGCCACCCGAGGCGAUGUGGGUGGAACGCUCGAUUCUUUGUCCACAGAAGAGGAUAUUGGUGUCUAUUCACCCCUUGAUCAACCAUCGUCCACAACUUUGAAUGGAAAGGAAACCUCAGUAUUAUCUCGAAACAUACCUGCCGCGUCAAACUGUACACUGGUAUCAUCGCUUUCUCAAAUUUCGGACCGAGCUGAACUGCUUCCCCCUUCGGUAGAAGGACCCCCGAAAUCAUUACUGCCAGACAACGUGCCUCUCACUGAACGCAUAGCUGCAAUUUUUGCCCGUGCCAGUCUUAUACUGAAAGAAUCUCUGGAUCUGGACGGCGUGGUCUUUCUUGAUGCCCACCGAAAUGACCCGCAAUUCCAAUCUUCUGGGAGGCAUGAUGAUUGGGAUGCCUUGUCGAAUUUUGAGCCAGAUUCUCUCAUUGCUUCACGCGCGAGCCCUUGGGGUCUUCCUAAUGCAAAUUCGCCCAAAAAUACAGAAAACUACUGCGGCUCAUUGGGCCAUGCUAUAAGCUGCAGCUCAGCUAAGAGCAACACUGACUCGAAAUUCCAAGUCAAAGUGAACGAAAAGUUACUGCAUUCGUUGAUCACACACUUUCCAGAUGGUCACAUCUUCAACAUAGACAGCAGGAGUAAUUUAGCCAGCCCUGUGGAGUCCGAAAGUAGCAAUUCGGAGAUCUCUGCUCCUAAUACCGAAAUAAUUCAGGAAAUCUCCCAUCGUCUCGCUCGUCAGCUCCCUGAAGCUAAGUGUGUGCUUUUCUACCCUCUAUGGGAUUGGAACAAAUCCCGAUGGCUUGCAGGUACACUCGUUUGGGUCAACGGAAGCCAUCGUCCCUUGGGCACAGAAGACCUGCACUACUUUAAAGCCUUUGGAGAUUCUAUGAUUUCCGAAGUAUCUCGGAUACACUGGACCGCCAGUGAAAACUCAAAAUUCGACUUUGUAACUUCUAUCAGUCAUGAGCUUCGCUCCCCACUACACGGAAUUCUCGCGAGCGCAGAGUUGCUGCGUGAUAUUCCGCUUCAGACUGCGCACCGUGACAUGGUGAAUAUGAUCUCAACAUCAGGACUAACCUUACUGGACAUAAUAGAUCACCUGCUGGAUUACUGUAAAAUCAACAACUUGGCAACCAUGCAAAGUGUCAGCGUAACCAACAGUGAAGAUUCUGGAACAUCCCUUGUCUCCGAAUUUAACCUCGACUCCUUGGUUGAAGAAGUCGCUGCGAUCGUCCAUACCGGCCGAAAGGUACCUGGGCCUAUCUCCUCUCUUGCAAACGAAACAGGUAUUGGAACGUCAGCCUUUCAACCUACCCCUCGUGUUACUCGACAUGAGGAUGAAUUGUCAGUAAUUGUGAACAUUGAGCAGUCCACUUCUUGGAAUAUCCAAUCAGUCGCUGGUGUCUGGAGGAGAAUAGUCAUGAAUCUCCUCGGUAACGCAAUUAAAUGGACGCAGACCGGCCUCAUCGAGGUGUCAUUGUCACAAGGCCCAGUUCAGACUCAACCAGACACUCACCUUGUUCAUCUUCGCGUUACAGACACAGGCCAAGGAAUAUCAAAAGACUUUCUUAGAAACUCGGCGUUCUCUCCAUUCGCCCAGGAAGACGCCCUAUCAGAGGGUGUUGGGCUUGGACUCAGCGUCGUGUACAAGCUAGUGACUUUCCUAGGUGGUGAUCUCAAAAUGAAGAGCGAAAGCGGAGUUGGUACCCAGGUCGAUGUGUAUAUUCCCGCACAGCGUCCUAAGGACCAUGUUCCCGCUAAGUUAUUCGACGAUGUUUCCUCGCUAGGAAUUCAAAGACACAAGGAUAGUCUGAAGGCAUGUCUCAUUGGGUUCAACAACUAUCCUUACUUGACGGAAACGCCCGCUGGUAUCCUGAGCUCCGAUGCAAAACGCAAGCUUUCUAUUCAAAGCACUCUCGCCAAUGUUUUCAUGGUACAACUAGGAUGGCAUACCAUACUAGCAGAGUCACUUGAGAAGGGAGAGGGUGACAUCGCGGUCAUUGAGGAGACAAAAUUCAACGCUAUGUUGAAUGACCAAUCACCCUCAACUGCAAGUGCCGGCCAUCAUUUCAAGUUCUUUAUUGUCUUGGCCAGCGCGACAUCCCCACCAACCCACCCUCUUCCUCUGAAUGCCAUCCUGAUGUCACAGCCAUAUGGACCUCAGAAGAUCUAUGAAACCGCCCAAAGAAUCAUGGAUCUGCGCGAGUCACAAGCUCAAACCAGCGGUCUUGAAGCUCCAAUUUCCGUUCUACCAACAAAGCAUGAAAUUCUUCCGUUAAAAUCUACCCCACUGAGCCUGCUGGAAACAUGGAAAGGUCCUUCACAGCAACCUCCAGUUGAAUUGGUCUCCCGAAGUCCUGUUAACGGGAGCGUGCCAAUCCGAUCGAAUGGUCAAAUGAACAAUAUGCAUAUUCUUAUUGUAGACGACAAUAAUAUCAACCUCCAAAUCAUGGCUACAUUCAUGCGAAAGCUUGGUUGUAGCUACAACUUGGCUUCUAAUGGACUGAUUGCAUUGGAGCAGGUUGAAAAUUCAAGUCGAAGAUAUGACUUGAUAUUGAUGGAUUUAUCAAUGCCUAUAAUGGACGGGCUGGUUUCAACCAGCAAGAUUCGACAAUACGAAAAGGACCAUGGUCUCCAACCCUCUCGCAUCAUGGCUGUUACAGGUGUCGCUUCGGAUACUAUGCAGCAAGCAGCAGUGACAGCCGGUGUCAACGAUUAUUUAGUCAAGCCACUCUCUCUCCGUAAGCUGAAGAAGCUUAUGGAACCCACACUCUAA